CCCUCCCGCUCUCUCUCUCUCUCUCUCUCUCUCUCUCUCUCUCCUCCCCCCCUCCUUCCCUCCCCCGUCGGCGACUGAUCGGUGGAAAUGGCGUCGGACAUCGGUCCCGACGACUCCAGGAGUAGUUUCGAGCCGUUCAUCCUCUCCGAUGCCUAUGGUGAGCGCGGGAAGGUUCGGUGGAUGGCCGUGGUGCGGAUCAUCUGUUGGAUCUUGGUGACGGUCCUCCCCUUGCGUCUUGUGGUUGGGUGGAUGGACGCGGUGCGGAUCAUCUUUUGGAUCUUGGUGACGGUCUUCCCCUUGCGUCUUGUGGUGUGCGCCAUCAUCCUGCUCUUCUACUACCUCGUCUGCAAGGUUUGCACGCUCUUCCAGGCACCGAACGAGCAGGAGAACUACGCGAACUUGCGAGGGUGGAGGAGGACGGUGAUCGUGAACGUAGGGAAGUUCCUGUCGAGGGUUUUCCUCUUCCUGCUAGGUUUUUACUGGAUCAAAGUGAUUGAUCUCCCGGCGGAUGCUACUGCAAAUUCUAGCGACGAGAAUGAGGGCAACGAACUAGGUGAAGAUCGCGGGAGACCUGGAGCAAUAAUAUCAAACCGUGUUUCCUACAUAGAUAUUCUGUAUCACAUGUCUUCUUCCUUUCCAAGCUUCGUCGCUCAGAAAUCAGUGGUUGAACUUCCCAUCCUUGGUCUUAUAAGCAAGUGCCUUGGUUGCAUCUAUGUCAAGAAGGAGUCAGAGUUAUUCGGGAACAAGAAGCCCAACGCUGGCCCCAAGAAAAAGGACAAGCCCAAGGGUGGCCAAAAGAAGAAGGACAAGCUCGAGGAUGCCCAGAGAACAGAGAACAAGGUCGUGGAUAUUUCAGCGGUUCUGGAAGAAAGAAUACGAGCAGCUCGUCAGGAUAAAGAUGCUCCACUGCUGGUGCUUUUUCCAGAAGGCACUCCCACGAACGGAGACUUUCUUCUUGCAUUCAGUCCCGGUGCGUUUUCGUCAAAAGCCCCUGUGCUGCCGGUGAUACUAAGAUAUCCGUACGAGAGGUUCAAUGUUGCUUGGGUUUCAAUGCGUCGGGAUUGGCAUGCUCUCUUCGUAUUAUGUCAAUUUGUGAAUUACAUGACGGUGAUACGCAUGCCUGUCUUCUAUCCUUCGCAAGAAGAAAAGGAUGACUCAAAAACUUAUGCAGAUGACCUCAGAAACUUGAUGGCUGCUAAGUCAUCUGGCAGCACCCCUUCACCAAAAAAAUCUGACAAGAACCAGAAUAUUGCCGAUAGAUCUUGGAAAACUGUAAAGAAACUGAUGCGGCUGAAGAAAUCAGAGAGUGGAUUGCGCGAGAAGACGAAAUAUCUUGAUUUCCUCUCUGGUUCGCGUAAGUCUGACUGAUGAGAUUUGGUUUAUAUAGACUCUAACCGUGAUAGAAGAACGAGAAUUCUUUCCUGACGUUUGUUCCGCGUAGAAUUCGCUACCCUAGCAUUCAUCGCCUCCUCCGGGAAUGCUGCCUCUUUUUGUUGGUUUCGACUUUUGAUGCAGAUUACUGUGAUACUGUACGCAUCGAUGAGAGGGCCAUGGCAAUACUGGAUGAGUAGAAUGUUGACAGUAUAAAUGCAAAUAGAAACUAUAGGCCAAAAACUUGUGCUCUAUUACUUUUCCUUACCCCCAUUUUUUGGUAGACUUGUAGAUGCUCUGAUCUAAACUUGUGGUCAGCUCUUGUAAUUCCGACUUCAUAUUGAGGCUCCUUCGUGGACCUUCUAGUCUGGAUCCCAAUCUUUCGAGAUGUGCGGAGAACGUGAU